AUGGAUGAAUGUGAAGACGAAGACGUGUUGUUAUUUUGUUUGCUGUUGCGUCGUCGCCGUCGACGCUUACGAGCAUUGAAUCGUCAGACAUGGACGAAGCGAUGGAUUAUGAGACGACAGGGUCAAGGAGCCUAUGCAAACCUUGUUAAAGAACUAAAUGCCGAAGAGCCAGAGCAAUUUCGACAAUAUCAUCGUAUUGACAGGCAGUCAUUUGAAAGCAUUUUAACUAUGGUGAACCCAUUGAUAGUAAAGCAAGACACGCAAAUGCGGUUUUCGAUCAGUCCGAGAGAACGUCUCACUGUCACAAUACGUUUCCUUGCAACAGGUCAGGUUUAUAGACAUUUUUAUAAAUAAUUAUACAAGCUCGUAUUGUAUAAAUAUGAGACAAAUCGUAUCAUGUGCACAUUUACAAAACUAUUUAAUCUAUUAAAUUUUAGGUGAAUCAUUUAGAAGUUUGGCUUUUCAAUUCAGGAUGGGAGAAAGAACAAUAUCUGGUAUCAUUGAAGAAACAUGUUUGGCACUGUAUGGGACAAUGA